AUAAUGAACUCACAAAUCACGAACAAUAACCACCCAGUGACUAUUUGGUGGUGUUGGUAAAAGUGUUGUAGAGAUGGCCACAUCAAGAAGUGGCGGUGGAAGCAGCAGAGAAGGAACUGCGAAAGCGAUGGUGAGCGAUCAGAUUUCUCAAGCCAUACGGUCCACCUCCAAUCUCCUCCACCUUAUGCAGGACUCUUCGCCUUCUCAGGUCCAACUAAUGAAGCUCCCGAAAAACCUUUUGGCAAAAACUUCCAUGAUUAAGAAUACAGGGCAAGUGUUAGAGCAGAUGCCUCAGGUGAUUUCUUCCCUGGAUGCACAUAUGGAAUAUGGAUUACAAAGUGUUCCUCAUCUGAAACCUGUAGCCCAACUACUUGCAAAUAUGGAGAGCUCCCAACUUAGUUCUCUCUCUCAAGCUCAUCUAGCUCUAAAGGAACCUGAGUUAGAAAAUCAUCAUAAAGAGGUGGAGUGACCGACCAAACUUUGGAGCCAUUCUGCAGAGUUCUUUGUUGGCACGUUAAGACUAUGACUUUAAUCACGCCAAGCCUCCAAAUUCAAGAUUAGAGGAAUUGUUUUGUCGUGGAGCCAGAUUGACUCAGAAUCAACCAUAGGACACUUAGGAGGUAACGAAAGAAUGGUCCAUCUUUUGGACACAUUGUGUCAUAUCUCAUAAUAUGCCCCCAUCUUGUGGUCCCAUGAUACACUGAAUGUAGUAGAGAACAUAACUAUCUUCAUUUUUUUUUCUCCUAGCCCUUGAUACACGUUUUACCUUAUACAAAAAAGGCUGCAUGAUGAAUUGACUAAAAAAUGGAAAUCUAGCAUCACUUUCCUUCAUUGUGGAUUGUUCCAAGUCAUCGUGAAGCACAUUGUGAUGAGCAGAUUCCAUAAUUUAUGGUGCAAAAGUUAUAUUUUAUCUUGUUUUCACAUUGAGAUAGUCUUGCUUGCUUGACAUGGCAGUGUAAAGAGUAUGCAUUGUGAAGCCACCGCCAGGGAAAAUGUUGACGAAGACUUUGACAAAAAGUCUGGCUUGGACUGGAUUCUUUUCGUGUUUUCUCUAAUAAUGUCGAUGCAAUAUUAAACUAACCUCCCAGGCUGAGGAUAGUUUAGAUUGUUGUUGUCCAAACAUGCACAAUCGAUUGUAGUUUCUUAUGAACAAGAAAACUUGGAUGAUUGAUUGAUUGAUUAAAGUAGGCCUAACCUUUGUGCUAUGGACCAGGUUUGAGUCACAUUUGAAGAUGGGUUCAAUGAUCACCAUGAUCCAAGUUAUGAAAG